GCGAGCGAAAACGUUUAUUUAUAGAGUACUUUUUCAUCUCAUCAACAUUUUCUCAUCGUGAAGAUGUAUCACAUUUGUCUCUAGAUUUUUGUUACCUAUUCGCCAGUUUCGCAAAAAUGGUUCAUACUUCGUUUUCUACCCUACUGGUUUUGAUUAUCAAUAGCGCUUUUAUUUCACCGAACAGAGAUCGUCUCAGAUGGAAUUUAUUUUCUACAAAGAUGGAGAGAAAUGCAGUUAUAGGCCCCAACUCGUCUCAAGAAUUUUAUACCUUCCGUUCAGGAGGAAGUUUAUUUCAAGGCUCACAAAUCAGCCUACAAAUAUCCUGCGAACCGGAUAAUUAUACGAAUAACGUAAAUGUAGAAUAUGCCCUAAUACAAAUCUCCAGCUGGGACGAUUAUUUGAAUGCGGCUAAUUUCAGCACGCUGUCAUUGAGCGAUAUACGAGCUAUGUACUUUACUGGCGAGAAUCGCAAAAAUGGUCAUGAAUUUUACAUUAGAUCUGGACUUCAGACGGUACAUUGCGAGGGUUAUAAAUCACUUCUUAACAUCACUAGAGAUGGUUUGUACUUGCUGAUAUUACAAAUUUCACAUCCGAAAUCUUACAUGGGUAAAAAGAAUAUUGACACCAACACAAACAUUGUUCUAAAUGAAUGCGUAUUGUUGCCGCUUUACUUCGUCUUUCGCUUAGUGUAUGCAUGUCUUGCUUUAAUUUGGGGUUUUGUGAUUUUGAAAUUCUGGAAUAAAGAUUUACUUCCGAGAGUACUGUUAUGGAUCGGCGCUAUAAUACUGAUGGCACUUAUAGAAAGCACAAUAUAUCACCAAGAAUACAGUACUCUUUGCGAAACCACGCAAUCUUUCACUCCAACAAUGGUAUUUUUGGCAGAACUAUUUUCAACGCUAAAGCGUACGCUUACUGGAAUGCUAGUCCUGAACAUGAGUGUUGGCUGGAGCAUCGUUGAGCCUAAUCCGAAAGUGGGGUCUCAUUUGUCGCGAGUUUCCCUCGUCGGAAUCAUAUAUUUCAUUUUAGCCGCAAUCCAAUCUUACGUUCGGAUUUGGGGACCUCAUGAUUCGUCCUACUUGUGGACCAUGAUUGGUAUAUUGCUGAUGUCACUCGAAUCGUUCGUUUGUUGUUGGAUUUUUUACUGUCUUGCGCAAACGAAGCGUUUAUUACAGGUGCAAAGAAAAUUCGUGAUGUUGUCAGCGUACAAAUGUCUCACCUUCGCAUUACUCGCUUAUAUUGUCAUAGACAUCAUAUACGCAAUAUACUGCGUGAAUAUCCUCAGAGCUCCAUCCUAUUUCGAUCACUGGGCAACAUUAUGGACCAACAACAUUAUCUGGGAUUUCAUAUUUUUUUGUAAAUUACAUGUAUUUAUUCAGCUUUAUUUGGAACUUUUUUAUACUGGUUUCCGGGCCUCGAAUCCUAAACCUAAACCAUCAGCGAAAACCCAAAAAAAGAUUUGUUAUUCCACCUUUGCUAAUGUAUGAAUUCGAUUCGCAAAAUCAACGAUUUGCCCGACUCAUUUCUGCAUAUUUGUAUCCUGCCUAACUGACUGAUGUGGGUCAACGAAGAGUUUUGGCAGUUAUUAUUCUUGCUUUACACUUAAGCCUACUAACAAUUUUUGAUGAUGUAUGUACUUGGACGUUUCAGAGGAGGCCCGGCCCUAGGGCGCUUAAGCUCCAACAAAAACUGUACGAUAUGAUGACAGAUGUUGCAGCCACAUGCCCAUUGCCCAUCUGCCAUCCGGUCAAAAAUAUAAGAUUACCUAUAUUAUAGAUGCAGGUAGAUUAGGUAUAAAAGAAAAUAAUUAAUUAAUUCUUUAUUUUUGUAAUUUUGUAGUUUUUUUCAAGAUUUUAGCCUUUAGAGGCUUUAGAUUUUUAUUUUUAAAAUGUAGAAGAAAAAAAUAAGGACGAUGACGACCAUCUGAUUAUUUUGUACCUACUUCCAGUUCCAGUAAUAAAAAAAAUAUUUAUACGUUUAAA